ACUUUCUUUAAGUGCCAAAAAAACCCCUCGUCCCCUGGCGUGAAAAAAAUAAAAAUAAAAUAAAGAUAAAACAAAACAAAACAAAAUGGUGCAUCUUGCUAAGGUGCCCGCCAACGGGGAAAUCAGCACUCUACCAGAGGCUGUCAAGAAGAUCAACCUGCAGCUAAGCAACGACGACGAUAGCUACACGACUAGCGUCUAUGGCUCCAAGUUCGCCGCGGAAGACCUGCCCAAGCACGAGAUGCCCGAGGGGGAGAUGCCCAAAGAGAUUGCUUACCGCAUGAUCAAAGACGAGCUGAGCCUGGACGGCAACCCAAUGCUAAAUCUUGCCUCAUUCGUUACCACUUACAUGGAGGAGGAGGCUGAAAAGCUCAUGGCCGAGAGCUUCUCCAAGAACUUCAUCGAUUACGAGGAGUACCCCCAGUCGGCCGACAUCCAGAACAGAUGCGUGUCCAUGAUCGGGCGGCUCUUUCACGCGCCGACGGAGCACGAGGAGGGCGGCGGCGCGGUGGGGACCUCGUGCGUAGGGUCGUCGGAGGCCAUCAUGCUGGCGGUGCUGGCGAUGAAGAAGCGCUGGAAGAACCGGCGCGCGGCCGAGGGCAAGCCCACGGACCGGCCCAACCUCGUCAUGUCCUCCGCCGUCCAGGUGUGCUGGGAGAAGGCGACGCGCUACUUCGAGGUCGAGGAGAAGCUCGUCUACUGCACCCCCGACCGCUACGUCAUCGACCCCGUCCAGACCGUCGACCUCGUCGACGAGAACACCAUCGGCAUCUGCGCCAUCCUCGGCACCACCUACACCGGCGAGUACGAGGACGUCAAGGGCGUCAACGACCUGCUGGUGCAGCGCGGCCUCGACGUCCCCAUCCACGUGGAUGCCGCUAGCGGCGGGUUCGUCGCCCCCUUCGUCGUUCCCGACCUGGAGUGGGACUUCAGGCUCGAGAAGGUGGUCUCCAUCAACGUGUCGGGCCACAAGUACGGCCUCGUGUACCCGGGCGUCGGCUGGGUCGUGUGGCGGGACGCCAAGUACCUGCCGCAGGAGCUCGUCUUCAACAUCAACUACCUGGGGGCGGACCAAUCGUCCUUCACGCUGAACUUCUCCAAGGGCGCCAGCCAGGUGAUCGGGCAGUACUACCAGCUGAUCCGGCUGGGGAAGAAGGGGUACCGGGCCAUCAUGUCGAACCUGACGCGGACGGCCGACUACCUGUCCGAGGCGCUGAAGGCGCUCGGCUUCGUCAUCAUGAGCAAGAAGUCGGGCGAGGGCCUGCCGCUGGUGGCCUUCCGGCUGCCGGACAGCGCGACGGGGCGCAACUACGACGAGUUCGCGCUGGCGCACAAGCUGCGCGCCCGAGGGUGGGUGGUGCCGGCGUACACGAUGGCGCCGCACACCAACGACCUGAAGAUGCUGCGCGUGGUCGUGCGCGAGGACUUCACCAAGAACCGCUGCGACUCGCUCAUCACCGACAUCCGGUACUGCCAACAGCUGCUCGAGCAGCUGGACAAGGAGUCGAUCGCCAAGCAGGAGGAGUUUAUCCGGAAGCACUCCAUGAACAGCGAGCAGGCCACGCACAACCACCCGCGUUUCCGCAAAGAAAAGCAUUCGAUCCAGGGCAAGCACGGCAAGACGCAUUCGAUCUGCUAGUACUAAUCUAGUCGGUGUAUAGGGGAAGUAGAGUGCCUUAUAUUUCUAGGUUUUAGUAGAAUCAUGAUUAUUAAAAAAAUAAGGCUGGUUGGUAUAAGAAAAACUUGGGUAGGUUAAAUUAGUAUAUAGAGCUCUUCGUAGAUAUACUAUUAAAUAUCUUAUAGAUGACUUUUAUGACGAUGAUAUAUGCGAGUAUUAAAUUUCCUGCGAUGAUAUCUUUAGGUACUUACCUUGGUAUCUUAGUUAUCUACCUGGCACGUAGUUGAGAAAUACUAUGGAAAUUGGAUAUGGAUGUGAAAGUAGCUGUUUUCCUGUUUAUCUCGAAGUCGUGGGUUAGCAAACUUCAUUUCAAGG